CGGGUUGCAUUACAAAUACAACAUUAAAGUUGGUUUAUAACAAGCAUCCCAUAAUAACCUUCCAGACAGCUUCAGACUCUUAUUUAGACAGUCCAGACAGGAAGUCAGGCGGGCGAUGUGUGUGACGUCACUUCUUGUCAGAGCGUCAGACGGUGCCGUCAGCUGAUGGACACUCAGAAGGAAGCUCUGUGCCGGAUCAUAAGCACCUUAGCCAAUAAGAAUGAAGAGCUCCAAACCUUCCUGGAAACCGUCGACAACACCCUGACAGGACUGCAGGAGGAGUCAUGUAAGGUGAUGUCAGAGUUGGAGGCGGAGCUUGAAGAGUUAAGCUCCGCCCUCGAGCAACGGGGGGCGUGGCUCCGUGAUGUCAUCCAGGAAGAGAAGCAGAGGAAGGAGGCGGAGCUCCAGAAGCAACUGUCGGAGGGGAAGUUCGCUCUGCUGUCGUCUGAGGAACUUCUCGAGUUCGCCAAUCAGACACUGACAAUCACUGACGAAGAAGAAUUCCUAAAGGCUGCAAAACAAAUCAAAGAAAGGGUAACCAUGGCUCCGGCGUUCCGCCUGACAACGCGUCCGGUCGUCACAGAGACAAUGUCGCAGUUCACCGUCGACUUCAGUGCUGAGAAGGCGGGGCUUCAGCAGCUUCACUUCCUGCCAGUCCCUGAAGCUCCAGAGAUCGACGAGUCCUGCUGCAUCGUCCGUGACAACGCCAUCACGGUCGUCUGGCGACCGUCCGGUGAGGCCGACGGUGAUGGCGUCCGAAACGAAAGUUACGACCUCGAAUACCGGAAAACAAACCGCGACAGCUCGCUGCACGCUGCACCAGAGGCAUUCUGGGAAAAAAUCCACAACAUCAGAGAGACACAGGCCACCAUCUCAGGUCUGAAGUUUGAUUCUGGUUUCGUCGUCAUUCGAGUCCGAGCCAGAAACAAAAUGGCCCCCGGCGAGUUCUCUGAGCCUGUCAUCAUGGAAACCAAAGGUGAACACGGACUACAAAACUCUUCUUCUUCUGUGUGUUUACAGAGUAUAACUUAUUCUUCUGUGGUGUUUGCAGCAUUCAACUUCGGCUUUGACGCCGUCACGGCACACGCUGAGCUGAAGGUGUGCGGCAACUCGGUCACCUGGGAGCCGCAGGGGGUCAAAGGUCACGACCCCCGACUGAGAGGGAAAGAGAACAAAAGCAGCAGGAGCGCCACGCCUUCGCCCAAUAAGACGGCAGGAAAUCGAUCAGGACGCGAGCGAUUCGCCGGGGAGUCGUACACAGUACUGGGUGACCAGGAUAUGAUUGGCGGCUGUCACUACUGGGAGCUCCGCCCCCUCCCUGAUUGGAAGUCAUUCAGUGUGGGCGUGGUCUAUCGAGCCAGCCUGGGACGAUUCGACCAAUUAGGGAAAAGUGCUGGUUCAUGGUGUCUCCAUGCCAGCCAAUGGCUGCAGAGCACGCUCGCUGCCAAGCACAACAACCGAGCGAAGGCGCUAGAUUGGCCGCUGCCUCAGCGAAUCGGAAUCUACUGUGACUACGACAACGGUGAUUUAUCGUUCAUCGACGUUGAUCGUCUUCAUCUUCUUCACUCCUUCAAAACAAAGUUCAGUCAGCCGCUUGUCCCCGCCUUCACUGUGUGGUGCGGUGGUAUUGCCAUAACGACGGGCCUGCAGGUGCCGAGCUUCAUGGGUAAUUUCCUGUCGACCAAUCGAAGCCUCAGCAGCCUGUCUCAGUAGAUCAGCUGCUUUUAUUUUGAUAAUUAUCAUUAAUUUAUGAAUUUAAUUUAUUUGUAUUUAUUGAUUUUAAUAUUAUUUUGCAUAUAGAAAUAUUACACUUUACACACAUAUUUCAGAUUGAUUAUGUGAUAGUUAUUGAUUAUUGACUGCUAAUUUAUUAUUAAAAUAGUCGUAAUAAUAUUUAUAAAUAUUAAAAGCUUGGAACUUAAGCCAUACUUUUAUUUUGAAGGCUACUCAUGUUGUCUGUGAGCUUUUACUUUGACUUUUAUCAGGAAACAGAUAUGAGACUGUAGACUUUUACUUAGAUGCUGUAAGAAGACAUAAUUUAUUCUUAAAUUCAGAAAAUACUGUGAUUUAUUUCUUUGAAAGACUCUUAUUGUGAAAGUCCUCAAUAGAUAUUGUGGUGUCAUUUAUUUUGUUGGUGAGAAUAGAACUUCCUGUCAUGUUGAGCCCAAAGACAGAGCUUUACUGUGAAAAUACAAAGAAUAAAAAAAUGUUUUAUGGAUUUAUAAUGUUAUUUGUAUAAAUCAGAAGAGCUGAUGAGUCAAUAAAAACAACAAAGUGAUUGUUUGUUUGUUU